AUGGUUCCUGACAGACAGGUACCUACCGGAUGCCAUGGGUCGCCCACCAUCCAGACCACCCCAUGGCCGGAAACGGCGAAAAGAGCGUCCGUCCAUUCCUAUGAUAUAAUCGCCCGAGCGCAUGAUAACAGACCGCGUAGAUCUUUUGAAGAUGCGUGCAUCCUUACCCAAGCCAGGGAUUGCGCCCGCCUUUCCGAAUUCGGCCAGAUAGAGUUUUCCGAGCCAUGCACUACUUCAACUAGCGAGACAGUCCGCCUCCUGGAGGUUGUCCGAACUCGAGGCGGAUCAUUCCCGAUCGAGGCAAAGAAGCUGUGGGUUUCCAUGUGUACGCGAAGUCAUGCUGCCAAGGAACGGGAUGAAUCCGGAGCACACCGCUUGGAACUAAGGGAAGAAGCGACCGGCAUCUCUGCUGCAGCAGGCGCCUCUGACGACGAUGGGGGGGAAGAAAGGUCUGGUGGUGUUUCAGGCCCAAAGUUGCUUCAUUCGCAAGGAGGGAGAGGGGGAAGAGAGAGAGGAGAGUGGGAGUGGGUGCGUUACUUGAGUGGUCACGCCUCCACGCCGGCCAGUACGGCAGAACAGAAAGAAGGAGGUAGACUACCCCGUAUCUGUCACUACGACAGCGCGACUAGAUAG